UCCUCCUCCCAAUAACCACCUAAUGGACUUGCCAGCGUGAAUAACCGGACUUCGCUUGACACGUUUCCUCCACUCUGCUCAUCAUCGUCCCUCUAAAUAAAGGGGACGAACGAAGGACAACGUCGACAUCUUUGCGAGCGGAACAAGCUAGAAAAAGCCGCCUCAGGAAGGGGGAAAAGUUCUCCCCACCACCCCGCAAAAAAAGUUAAAUUUUUUUUUAAAAAAAAAAUUUUAAUCCGCCCUUUGCCUCCGAAUUAGCGGAGCAGCGCAUCAGUUUCCGUGACGUCGCGGCCCGCGGUGGCCAAUGAGAGCGGGCUGCUGGGACGUGGCGAGCCGCCUGCUCCUCCUCCCCCCUAGAUGAAGGACAUUCCUCUCAGAGAGGUAGCGAGUUACGGUGGGUGGGGUCCGUGGAGGAGAGCGCGCCGGAGGAGAAGGCAAGCCGGAGUUUGGUCUGGGAAAGGAGCCGCCGCCGCAGUCAUGGGGAACACUGUGGCUCGAGAGGAUUUCGAAUGGGUCUACACGGACCAGCCGCACGCUGAGCGGCGCAAGGAGAUCCUGCGCAAACAUCCAGAGAUAAAAGCCUUGAUGAAACCAGACUACAACCUGAUCUGGGUAGUUAUACUCAUGGUCCUUGCACAGCUACUCGCUCUUUAUCUAGUUAAAGAUUUGGACUGGAAAUGGGUUAUAUUUUGGACAUAUGUGUUUGGCAGCUGUCUUGAUCAUUCCAUGACUCUGGCUAUUCAUGAGAUCUCUCACAAUGCUGCCUUUGGCAACUGUAAAGCUAUGUGGAAUCGGUGGUUUGGAAUGUUUGCUAAUCUUGCACUUGGUGUCCCAUACUCGGUGUCCUUUAAGAGAUACCACAUGGAUCAUCAUCGUUAUCUUGGUGGUAAUGGAAUUGAUGUGGACAUUCCUACUGACUUUGAAGGAUGGUUUUUCUGUACCCGUUUUAGAAAGCUAAUUUGGAUUAUUCUUCAGCCCCUUUUUUAUGCCAUUCGUCCUCUCUGCAUUAAUCCCAAGCCAGUCUCUUUGCUUGAAAUCAUCAACUUGUCAGUUCAGUUCCUCUUCGAUGUUCUUAUAUACUAUCUCUUUGGAGUAAAAUCACUCUUCUAUCUGAUAGCAGGAGCAAUACUUGGGCUGGGCUUGCAUCCUAUUUCAGGACAUUUUAUAGCUGAACACUACAUGUUCUUAAAGGGGCAUGAAACCUAUUCCUACUAUGGGCCGCUUAAUAAGAUUACAUUCAAUGUUGGUUACCACAAUGAACACCAUGACUUUCCUAAUAUUCCUGGAAGAAGCCUUCCACUGGUGAAGAAAAUAGCUUCUGAAUAUUAUGAUGACCUGCCACAGUAUAACUCCUGGAUAAAAGUGCUUUAUGAUUUUGUGAUGGAUGACACGGUUAGUCCUUAUUCACGCAUGAAAAGGCACCUAAAGGGUGAAGUGAUGCAGGAGUGAAUCAUGAGCCAAUUUUUUUACCUUGUCUUAGCUACCAAGAACUUAUAUCCUUGACACUGGUAAAGGUAUCGCGUGAUUAGAGAUGUACCUUGACCUAGUCUGUAGUAUGAAUGUAUUGGUACACUAUAUAAACAAAAUCUCUGAGGAAUUAAAAUAUUGCUGAACUAGAACACUCCUAGUGGCUGUGUUGGAUCUUUUGGUUUAAUUGAAAUGGUGUUUAAAAUAUCAAUGUUCUGUUAAUGCUAGUAUUAAUGUUACAUAAUGUGUUUCGGUAGACAUCCUAUAUGAAUAGUAGUUUGUCCUCAACUUCUAAUUGUAUAGAAGUAUAUAUUUGGCCUGCUGCCCACGACAUUGAUGAUCUUGACUCUAAAUUUUCUAACAAAGCUUUAACUUCUAUACUAACUUGUUAAAACUGCAAAGUGGCUUAAAUCAAACUUUAUAUAUAAACUGAGCAAAUGUCUGGCUUCAAGUCCUCCUAAACUGUGGUAUUGCUUGGCUAAUUUAAGUGCCAAUAUAGCUGAUGAUGAUCUUCCACUACAAUUGCUACUAUAAAAAGUGCUUUACUUUGAGGAAGUAUGCUACUGUUGGUUACUCAAAAAUGUGGACAUCUCAGCUUCUUGGGUAUAAAAGCCCAACACUCUACAGUACCUACUUAAUUUAAAAUAUAAAUUGGCAUCUCUAGCAACAGGCCAAACUUCCAGGAGACAGUUCUGCAUUGUUUUCUUUCAGUUUGCACAUAGAAAUUAUGAAGACCACUAGCAAAUUGCAUAAUCAGAUAGCUGUCCAGCUUGUCUCAGAAGUUUAGGAGCAGCAUACUAGAACCCACUUGGGUUAACAAUCUAUGUUUCCUUGGCUGGGGUUGUUGUUGGAAUAUCAGCUUAAUAAAUGUAAUGGGCAGCAAGGUAAUAAAACUGGUGCAACAUCAAACAUAAGAAUGUAAAGUGUGUACCUCCCCAAAAAGUACAAAUUGCUGUAGCACAACUUAGGUAUUUGAAUAAAGAUGUUUUUUAAAAAAUAAACUUUAUCAAUACUGCA